AUGGAGGAGGAGUUGACGGGAAAACAAAUCGAUCUUCCACCGGAGGUGAUGCAUGAGAUUCUAUCAAGGCUACCAGUGAAGCCCUUGUGCCGUUUCAAGUUGGUUUCAAAGCCUUGGCUGUCCUUAAUCUCGAAUCCCAAGUUCAUUGCCAUGCACUCCGAAGCCAUUGAGAAUAAUAAGGAUGUCUUCUCCCAAAGACGAAGGCUCGUAUUUACUGACGGGGAAAAUCAUUGUCUUUACUCUUUGGACCUGGAUCAAUUUCUUGACCACAACCACGCAGUUUUAAAGAAUCGAAAGCCUAAUGAAGAUGUUGAUGGUCCAGUAGCAGUAGCCACCGAGCUCGACUUCGUUUACAAUCUGUUUCCACUGGGACGACGCCGUUGGUUUCCCUUUAUCCAUUCUUGCAAUAGCUUGUUGUUGUCCGAGUCGUUUUAUGGGUACCAUUUGAUUAACCCUGUAGCCAAGGAAUUAAAGAAACUACCGAAGACACCAACAUGGAGAGUGAAGCCUGGUUUUGGGGACUUAUAUGGGUUCGGAUAUGAUUACUCUACUAAGGAAUAUAAGGUAGUUAUUGGGCAGUUCUUUUAUGGUCAUGGAACUGUGUUCAGUGUCUAUACAUUGGAAACUGAUUCUUGGCGACGGAUCAAGGGUCUUCCCUGCAUACCUACUCCAGAUCUAAGUCGUGAUGGGAUUGUGGUGAAUGGAGGUGUUCAUUGGUUAUUGAGGAGAGUCGCAGAUGAAUCGAUGCUGAUGAUCCUAUCUUUCACGCUAGCAGAAGACAAGUUUAGAAUAAUUCCACUACCUUCGUCAAUUGGGAGUACUGGAUCGAUUAAACUAGGGGUUUUUAGAGACUGGCUAUGUAUAACAUUUUCAUCAGCAUCCACCGAGGUAAAAACAUAUAACGAGUUUUGGGUUAUGAAGGAAUACGGAGUGAGAGAGUCAUGGACUAGAAUGCGAGUCUCCAUUCCGUAUCACACAUUAUCACAUUCUGGAUUUUGGAGAGGAUCUUAUGAUCUAAUGGUGUUUGAUAGAUCAUCCUUGGUUAUGUACAAUUUUAAUGAUGAGGAAUUUUGGACUUUACCAAUCAAGGAUAUUGGCAAAGUUGGUAGAUUUGGUAGUGUUGGUAUCUAUGUUGAGAGCCUUGCUUCGGUUAUUACUCAAGAUCGUGUAUAA